UUCUCGGCGGCGCGGAGCGGCGCGGAGCGGCGAGGAGCAGCGCGGAGCGGAGCUCGCCGGCCGGAUCGCUCCCAUGUCAGGGCGGCGGUGGGGGACUGCACUCCGCUAGCGUGAAGCCACUGACCUCCCCCUCUCCUCGCCCAGCGAUGUAUUCACUGCUCUCCGCCUGCACUUGCCUAUGUUUACAUUUCCUGCUGCUGUGCUUUCAGGUACAGAUGUUUGCUGCCGAGGAGAAUGUAGAUUUUCGGAUACAUGUGGAGAACCAGACGCGAGCGAGGGACGACGUGAGCAGGAAGCAGCUUCGGCUCUAUCAGCUCUACAGCAGGACAAGUGGGAAACACAUCCAAGUGCUCGGCAGGAGGAUCAGUGCCAAAGGAGAAGAUGGAGAUAAAUAUGCCCAGCUUCUAGUGGAAACAGACACUUUUGGCAGUCAAGUCCGGAUCAAAGGGAAGGAGACAGACUUCUACCUUUGCAUGAACAGGAAAGGCAAGCUAGUGGGGAAGCCCGAUGGCACCAGCAAGGAGUGUGUCUUCAUCGAGAAAGUCCUAGAAAACAACUACACGGCACUGAUGUCAGCAAAGUAUUCAGGCUGGUAUGUUGGAUUCACCAAAAAGGGGAGGCCACGGAAAGGGCCCAAGACCCGGGAAAACCAGCAGGAUGUCCAUUUCAUGAAGAGGUACCCAAAGGGGCAAGUGGAGAUACAGAAACCUUUCAAGUACACAACAGUCACCAAGAGGACUAAGAGAAUACGACCCACCAACCCCAGUUAAAAAUAGACAAAAAACAAACAGUGUCACAGUAAUAAACCA